AUGAACGACACAGAAGUAGACUAUUUAGAAAUUAACUGCCAUGAAGAUGUUGUCUGGAGUGCAGUUGCAGAGUUGUUGAAAAACAAUGCAGUGCAAUUUCAUGAUACUAAUGAAUCUAUUAUCCGAAAUCCUGGGAUAGAAUCAAAACUUCAGACACUUACAGCACUUUACAAUAACAUACAAGCAAUUGAUAAGCAUAUUUCCACACUGACUGAUGAAUUUAUCCAAGAUGAUUUGGAUACAACAACUGAUUUUCAAAAUCACGAGCCAAUAAUCAAUCAAUUUCAAUUGAUUUCGGAUACGUAUACACAAUCAAUUAAUGAAUAUACCUCAUUGCAUAAAAAUUAUAAGAAAAUAGAAAUCGAGUUAAAAAUUCUGAACUUUAUCAUAAAUUCUACAGAUGCAAGACCAGAUAAUUCUAGUACAGAUUUAUCUCCUCAACAGGAUAGAUCAGUUUACCUUGAAUCUUUGCUUUCAAAUUCAAAUGCGAAACAUAUCAUAUGCGGAAUCAUUGAAGAAGAGAAGUUCAGGAAAUUCCAAUCAAAUGUAAAGCAGAUUUCAGCUGGAAAAAUGGAAUUUAAGAAUUCAAAGUACAAUAAAUUCAAAAUUUAUUCAAUACGUACGGAUGAAAACAUCAGAAAUUCGUUAAAAACAGUCUGCAAUGAAUGGUCGAUACUUACAAUGUGUUUUGAUGAUAUUGAAACCGUUGCCGAAUCAAUUUUCAACAAAAACCAAAAAUUAAACUCGGUUUCGGAGAGAAUGGAAGAAUCCAAACAAAGAUUCAUCAAUUUAAUUCAUACAAAUCUAGAAAAUUACAAGAAAUACAGGAAUCUUAUCAAAAAGCUUUACAAAAUCUGUUCAAUCAUCUCUACAUCCAACUACGACCAAGAAAAGAAUAGAUACACCAUUUAUUGCUGGUCUUUGCCAAAAGAUUUUAUAAAUAUUCGGAAAAUUUUGGAGAAAUCCAACAGAACUGACAAAAUCAUAUACAUGGAUGCAUGUAAUCCUACAAAGAAGAAUUAUACAAACGCUCCUUCUCAUUUUGAAGAAAAUAAAUUUUUUAAAACAGAUAAAAAGUUCCAUAUUAAUCCAAACUACUUUAUUCCGUUUCACUUUGCCUUGUUUGGUAUAAUUAUGGGUGAUUUCGGCUUCGGAUUGCUUGCUUUGAUUUAUUCUUUAUUUUUGAAAUUAACAAGCAAAUUUGAAAACAAACAUUUUGUUAUUCCUAUUUUCUCAAUGUAUGGUGGCUUAAUUUACAACCAGUUCUUUGGAAUUCCGAUCAAUUUCUUUCCGAAAUCAAAAUUUUAUCCAUUUGGCCUCAAACCAUCAAUAUAUGAUAUGCCAAAGAGUUUCUCAAAAAUCUCAUUGCCUCGGUUUGCAAUUAUGUUCAUGAUUUUAGCUUUUAAUCAGAUUUAUGCGAUUCAUUGCAAAUUAGUCAAAUUAAAUAAGAAGAUAUCAACAAUUACAGAAUAUAUUAACUUUGUAUUCUUUUGUAUUUCGUUCUUAUUCAUUCCUUUGUUAGUUACAGUGAAAAUUUUUAUUUUCAGUAUCACAAAGAAGUCGGAUAUACUUAUUCAUAUUGCAUACAUAUUUGUAUACAAGGAUUCAUCAGUAUUUGAUAUGAUUUAUAUCUCUAUUUGGUAUUUUUCACUUUUUAUGUAUUUAUUUGUUUUUCCUGUCUUCAAAUUAGUUCCAUUUUGUCAUAAUGCGAUUGAAUUUUUGUGGACUCUUUUUGGAUCUCUUUCAACUUUACUUGUUCCUGUUUGUUCUCUUUUGUUACCUUUUUUGGCACUUCUUACUAAUAUUGUUUUGACAUUUUUGCUUAACUUAAGUUGGAAUUUCUACUUAAGAACUUUCGCUUUUACUUUCUUUUUCUUUUGUUUUUGUAUUUUACUUUUAAUUGUUUUUCGAGGUGUUUAUUUUCUUGCUAACUUAGUGGCAUAUAUACCACCUUAUGCGAUGUUCUAUGAUGAUCACGAAUUCACACAUUACCAACCUUCUUCAUUUGAAAAUGAAAUUCAAGAUUUGUAA